CUGUUUCGGAGAAAUUUUACAUGGCGACUUACUGAAAAUUGUGAUCUAUUACUGCAAAUUUAGGAAGUUAUGAAUAACUGAUAGUCGCCUAAUUGGAGGAGGACGUGCUUCAGACAGGCACCUCACUGUACGAUGGUGUGUAAGGAGGAAUUAUGUAAAUGGUUCAAGAAUCUAAGGCCGCACCAGCGGAUAGAUUACAUGUGUGGACUGCUACAUAUGUGCCUCCCACUGGAACUUCGGUUUCUCGGAUCUGUGCUUGAAGACCAUGGGAAGAAAAACUACAAUUUCCUUCGUGAUGCAGAAUUAAAGGCAAACAAUAGUGCAGAAAUAUCAAAGCUGCAAUCGGGAACGGAUAAACAAUUACGUGCAACAGUCAGUGUUUACUUGUCGUUGUUACAUUCGUCCAACACCCCGUGCGCUCAACUUCUCUUCGAAGUGUUGGAGAAAAAUCUUGAACGAGCUUUCACAUUUGGAGCCGAUCCCAAUGACAAUGAAGAAAUCUUGAUGGCUUUGACCCUGGCCAUCAAUCAUCCUGCGUUUCAGUUUCACCAAAAGAACAUUCUCUAUGAGCAUUAUGCAAGAUUCGAUCACGGGGCAAGUGACAGACGGAACAAGAACACUGAAGCAUGUGACCUCUUCGAGGAGCCAAGUUCAGUCGAAGCAGUUGAAGCAAGACUGAGGGAGCAGCAAGACUCCAUUUGCAGCAUAGAGGUGAAAGAGUUCACCUCACGCAAGCAAUCUGGAAAGAAAUUUGAGUUUAAGGUCCAUGUUACCUGGUCAAAUGGCAGUGUGUUUGAACUCACCAAGACAAUACGGGACAUGCAUGAUUUCCACAUUCGAUUGUUAAGGCUUUUUCCUGAUGAAGUUGAACUUCAAAAAAGAGAAUGGAAAUCAGCCUUUUCAAAUCACUAUCACCAUCACCACCACCAACACAAGGAGGAGCUGGCCAGGACUCUGACAAACUACAUCAGCCUACUUGUCAGACAGCCUGUUAUUCUGAAGAAUGAUCAAGUUGUUGAGUUCUUCAAGGGAAGCAUUCAAAUUCAACAAGGUCAACAGGAGCAAGUUCUGCCCCUGCCCCACCUCCUCGUGUUGGCUGUGGUGUGCCCCUAUCCCCCAUGUCUUUACAGUCACCUUAGCGGUAAGGUUGCUCUGUGUUACCAGCCACUGGACUUAAAAACUUUCCAGCUCUCCCGCCACCUUCAUAACGGGGAGCAGAUGAUACCUCCAUUUCCACUGAAAUCCUUGACAGUAUGCAACUCGCAACUGCAUCCUUAUCCUCAAAAUUUUCUUGUUCCUUUAGACCCAAGGUUGGCGAGAUGUAACUCUUCAGACUAUCUGCCUGUCCCCAACAACCAAAGGCAUGUCUGUCCCCAUGGAGUUGUCUCCCAUCAUGUAGACUCUCCAUCUCACUCUUCCCCUUCCUCAACAAAUGGGUCUCCACUCAACAGCCGAUCCACAUCCCCCAACCAAAGCUCGGACAUGUGCAUGGAAACUGUUCAGCUGCUGAAACUCCUCAACCUUGAUCAGUACUCAGACUUACUUGGGAAACUCACCCUCAAACAGCUGAAGUCCCAAUCUUCAGAAGACUUGACGAAAGCUGGUUUACCAAAGGAAGCCCAGAACAAUCUCAAGUCUAAACUGGAAACUAUCAACAGAGAGAAAGCAAAUCCUUCAUUGAAUGGCAUGGUGGAUGGUUCCAGUGGCACCUUGUCCCCUGCUUCUCCCAAUAACAUGCCCUGGCCCACAGCCCAUGCUCCCCCUAUUGUUCCCAUCCCCUUUUUAACUGGCCCCAUCUAUGUGACCCAUUCCCCAGCCCCAGUUGUACCCCCACCCCAGCCAGAUGCCGGUGGGUCAGACUCAGAGGUAUCAAGUGCACCUCCUAGUCCAACACAGAUGUGUAAUUUGAGACAGAGACAGAAGACAGACAGCUCUGGAUCAGAUGACAAUGACAAAGACAAGCCCAAUGGUAGUGAGUUUGAUAAUUCACGAGCAGACGGUAAGAGGAGGAUGUAUCCAAAUCGCCCAGGAUUACUUCCACCUAGGUCAGGAGGGCCUUACUCUGAAGAGAUGAAGGGUGGUUUGGUGAGACAGCCCUCCCCCCACAACGUCUACUCUGACGCCAAGCCUGACCAGGCCCCUGUUGCAACUGCUGCUAUGUCCACACACAACGGGUAUCAGUCGGACCCUAAUCCUAGUCCAGGGACAUCGUCAGGCUACGCACCGCGCCAUGCUGUCUUUCCCUCCAUGCUUCGUCCCUAUGUCAAGCCAGCUCCAGCACACACAAACUUAGCUCUACAUAACAAGAAUGUCAUCAACAUGCCACAAGAAGGUCACAUCAAGCAACAACCGCAUAUGAUGAUGUACUACCACGCUGUGCGCCAAGACAUUCCUAUGACCACAAGUGUGAUGCCAUUGAAUCUGAACAACAAUACAAUUACCAAUCAAACAUAUAGUGCUAACAGUGAGGCUGUCAGUUCUCAAAGGAUUUUGCAACCAUAUAAUAUGUCGUUAUGUCAGCGAGGCCCGAUGGUGCCUCUGCAUGGCCCAAGAUCUGUGCUUACCAAUGUUAACAGUGCCACAUCUGUGACUGUUUCACAAGGGGGGUCCCCUCAGUCUAUUCCAGCAGGCCACUCUGCUGGUCCAGCUAACAUCAGUGUGAAACCUGCUAAUGGUGUCCCUGUUCCUAUGCCCAACCCAUCGGGGACACCACCAGAAUCUGGUCAUUCUGGCAGUGACUCUCCUCUUCAGAUGAUUCACAAUGGGAGUCAGAGCACUGCCUCCACCACUAUCACAUUCUCAACUGCAACGUCAACAUUCUCAGCCUCACCCCAGACAGUAACCACUACCACUCACGCUCAGUGUAGUUCGUGUGGCUGCAACUGCAACAGCAGCAUCCCCUCCUCUACUAACUAUCAGCCUCAGUACAAUGUCCUACCGCCGUAUCCGUACUACAUGCAAGCAAGCCUCUACCAAAAUGGCAUGAUUCCACCCUUCUCCAACAUGCCCACCUAUGGGCACCAUGUCCCUCCACCUGCCUAUCCUAAUGGACUAAAUCAUGAAAUGUAUGUCAACCAUCCAGCAUUUCCUCAAAUGCAUCCAGCCAUGGCGGCUCCCCACUUGGUCCAGAGCUUGUAUGGGAACCUCCACCAUGGUCAAGGCAACCCUGGCGCUCAUGUCAAACACAAACCUCAGGGCUGCUACAACUGUGGCUCGUCCUCACAUAAAGCACAAGACUGCAAGGAAAAUUCAAUGGAUGCUAUGUCAGGAAACUACCAUCUUGACUACAAACCAAAAUCUGAUUCUGACUGACAACGACUCCGACCUGGUCGGUAUGGACGAUCAGGACUAGUGCGUGUCAGCUGUCUGGCUUCUCCAUGAACUCUCAAUCCAACCUUCAACACAUUUUGACAGGCUGUCUCCCUUAAUAUUGAAGAUACAAAGUUUACAGUUGGCUGUGUGCAGUUUUCUGUUCAACCAUUUAGAUAAAAUUGACAUUACUGACAUGAGUAGAUGUUUCUGAAAUGAAGUCCAAAUAGCCAUCAUGCAGAUUGGACAGUCUGACUUUGUGCUGAAAAACACUAUUUGUCAUGUUGAUUUUGAUACAAUCCAUCACAGUUUUACACGUCUAUAUCAGCCAUGUCAGUUUGUGAUGGACAAAUGUAGAAUUUGGCCACUUGUUGUUGAGGUCAAGUGAGGUCACAGUGGUGUGAAUUGAUACUGGCUGCUCACAUCUACUCCCAAACUUACAAACAUAAUCUGCAAAGUGCUGAAGCAUGACAAUUUUCCUUCAUGUUGUUUCCUCUUUUAGUCCUGGUCUAUUGAUGGGAUUCAGGAUUUUAAAUAUCAUGUCAACCUGUCUUCAUACAUGUGCCCUAUUUUCAUAACUUUAUCAUAUCAUUUAAGUAUUAAUUCAUCUUAAAAUCAGUGAAGUCUUCUCAUUUUAUCAUCUGUGUAUUUCAUUUGUUUAUGUUAAGAUUGAAAAGGACUGAUAUCUGAUAUAAAGCUAGAUUACAGUUUAUGAAAAUGCCUCUAAGUAAUUCGACUGUCAGUUUGCAAGACAGUAGCCUUUUUGAUAUCACUGCUGCAUGGUUUAAAGGCAGCAAGGAAAGUAACACAGUUCUUAUUUGGCUUUAAUUGACUUGUUGGGACAGUACAUCACUGUCUAUCU